AUGGCUCAAUUCUACAACCAGAUUGACGAUGAAUACGGUACCGAGGCAAAACAUUCGCUAAAAAUAUACGCCAACCUAAACCGAAAAAUGGGAAACAUGACGGCUAGAAAGGAUUUUCUAGUCAAGUGUCGCAGAACGGGUUUGUUUCCCCCACACAUCACAGAUGUAUUCCAAUGUGUCUACACGCUGUUUGAAGACAACAGCCCCUACCUGAAUGAGCUCAACAGGAAGGUGAAUCGGUUUAAGAAAGCAAUAUUGAGUUUAGAAAUAAGGCAGACGUUUUAUAAACUGAAGCAGAUUACAGACAACAUGAAACAUACACGCAGUAACAUAAAAAGGUUGAUCCCAGACGGUGGAAGCGAUCCCUUUUUCGCCAAUCAAAUCGCUUUCCAGCAAAAGCACCUACAAAAACGCGCGGCAAACACUGACCGUAAAUAUCGAAAAAUCAUAGAUAGAUCGAUAAAAUCCCUCGAACAGAAAACGCCAUCACAUAACCACCGGGCGUUUUUCAACAGCACCACGGUAGAAGUACCACAACCUGUGCAACUCCUACUGAGUCUGGGAUCCAAGUUCGCUUUACCAUCUACAAAUAACAAACCAUCCACAUUCUACCACCUAAUAGCAGACAUCGAAGGCAUUAUUGAAACAACAGAGGACGAAGAAGUAAAAGUACGCAAUCGCAGUGCAGCAGCCAACCAAAUUAUGAACCACAUCCACGCGCAUAGAAACAAUACAGGAUGUAACCCGUCGGACAACUUCUACAAAACCGCAAUAAUCGCCACAAGACAGUUCUUAAAAUCAUAUCCGAAUAUCAUCGUACUGGAAGCCGAUAAAGGUAACAUAACGGUGAUGAUGAAUCGCGAGGAUUAUGACAGAAAGAUGCUGGCGCUAAUCGAGGACGAAAACACCUAUUCGAGCCUCACACGCGACCCAACAACCGGCUUUCAAACCAAAAACAAUGAGUUUGCUAAACGAUUAGCAGAUUUAAAACUAAUAAACCGAGCCACAGAAUUGAAAUUAAAAACGUAUAAAGCUACGGCGCCUUGCAUUUACGGGACACCCAAGGCACACAAGGAAGGUUUACCUCUAAGACCAGUAGUACCGUGUAUGACGUCACCAUCUUACCAGCUGUCUAAACAUGUGGGCCGGAUACUCCAAGCGUCGAUCAACAGCAAAUACAACGUCAAAGAUUCAUUCGAGUUCUGCGAAUUUAUCAAUGACGUCGUUUUGCCUCCAGAUCACAUCCUUGUUUCGUUCGAUGUUGUUUCCCUGUUCACAUGCAUCCCCAGGGACCUCGUUUUAAGCAACAUCAUCAACAAUUGGGAUGCCAUAAAGAAGAAUACUAACAUCAAUUUAGAUAUGUUUCUUGAAAUUGUAAACUUUUGCAUGACCUGCAGUUAUUUUAGAUACAAAAACAAAUUCUACAAGCAAAUAUACGGAACGGCGAUGGGCAAUCCAGUUUCUAGUCCGAUAGCUGAUUUUGUCAUGGAAUCGCUCUUGGACAACGUGACACGGACACUCGAUUUCCAGAUACCAGUUCUAAGAAAAUAUGUCGACGACCUACUGCUAGCUUUGCCCCGCGAACAUGUUGAAAAGGCGAUCAAAUUAAUCCAUGAGAAUCUGAGAAUCAACGAUUACCCGAAGACCCUGAUCAACAGAUUGAUUCGAAAAGCGAACGAAACCGACACCCCCCAAAACACACAAGAUACACCCACACAACACUACCGAUCCAUAUUACACAUCGACGGCCUAACUGCAAAAGUAAUCCGCGCACUUAAGACGGAUUACCCGCAUGUACGCAUCGGCACCACACAAAAGCACACGAUACGCAGCCUACUGCCUGUGGUCAAAGAUCCGAUAUCGCCGAUCGAUCGCUCCAAUGUGGUCUACCAUAUCCCAUGCGCAGGCGCUCCCGAACGAGAUGAAGAAUGCUCCAAAUGCUAUGUUGGGCAGACCAGCUAUAAACUACGGACUAGAAUGUCGAAACAUAAAUGUGAUGUCACCAAAUUGAAACGCAUAUUAGCAACAGGGGCCACAGCGUCAAACCCCAGCAUCCGGGAACUGCGGCAGUCAGCUGUUGUUGAACAUUGUUUCGAACAGGAGCACAUGUUUGACUUCGAUAAAGCCACCGUCCUAGACAGUUCCAACAAACACCGUAGGCACCUAGAGGUACUCGAAAUGUGCUACAUACAAAGUACCCCGAAUACCGUCAACAUCCAGAGCGACACAGACGGGAGAGCAAUCUCGUACGGCGGAGUGUUUCACUCUCUCGCAAACACUCGCAAGCACUCAUGGACGCCGGGUUCUGGCGGUAAAGAAAACGCUACGAAAACUCAAACAAUAAUAACAAACAGUGAGUCGAGUGAUAGAAGUUUUGCCACGGACGUGUUCCAAAACGACGGAGUAGGCGCCGACGCCCUGGCCGAUACCAGAAUAUUGGACACGUAA